UUUAACCCUCAGUUCGUUAUUUCUGGCUUUAAGGAGUUUACCAGAGCAGAGUUUAGAGGAAUGUACCUACUGGUUGAAUUUGUGGAUGAGGGAACAACAAGCCCGGUGGCAGCAGAGUGGUACCAUGAGGGCAUAUCAUGGUGGCCUCCAUACACAGUCAAAGCCAAACUUCUAAAAAGUAUCCGAGGCAGUGAGGUCCCAAAUGUGAGCAGAGGAUGGACACAGCACCAAGCUCGUAUCCUUUACAGCUCAGAUUGUUUGGACAAGGUCGUCCAGAAAUGGAGAAUAUCCUGCGAGACCUCGGAUUUAAAUUCAGACAAUGAUUUCCCACGAAAACGAAAACCUAAAAAGCCAUUUGAAUUUAUUGAAAAGUCUCAAGCAAAAUGGCAUCCCAGCCCUCAAAAACAGAAUCUCAAAAUGAAAAAGAAAACAGUGCAUUCCCUACCACCACCACCACCAAUACCACCACCACCACCUGCUGACCAUCGAAACCCUGGAACAAACAGAAGUAUGAUGUCACAGGAUGAGUGCUUCCAGACAAAUGUUCAGGGAUACUCGGAUGAAAUCUCCUUCCCAGAAUCUAGACAAGUGAUGUCAAAGGCCCAGUCCUAUCAGGGAAGAAUUCAGGAUGCUUGGUUCACUGAACCAACACAGCAGAUGAUGUCACAAAUCCAAUUGCUCAGUCAAGAUGGACAGUCCACCAUCACAGAACAAAUGACAGAAGACAAUCAAAGUGUUGGUUUGGAAAGCCACUGUGACAUUCUGUCUGCAGGACCAGCUAACGCACCUAGAGUCCGUCUGCCUACAGGCCGACUAGUGCCGGGUCAAUGCACACCAGCAGAGAGGGCCAUCUUAGAGAUGCUGGGGGAACUGCAGCUCCAGGUCCAGCAUCUCACUUCUGUUAUUACCCAAAGAGGCCCCUUUUUGGGUAACAGCAGUCUGAAGAUGCCACCUGCACCAGCAGAUAAAGAGGAAGAAGAUGGACUUCCACUGGAAAGCAUUCAGGCCUUGAAUGACUUUGAAGUCCAUCUUCAAAACAAGAUCUUCAAGCAAAAAUUGGUGUCAAAACUGUCACUGGUUGGGGGGCAAACACUUAAAAAAACAGUGUGGCGGAUUUGUGGCAAAGUGUUUGCUCCUCAACUAGCUGUGCAGUUGAACUGGUGUGGCAGAGGAGAGAAAACGGCCAUCAAAAACACACACCUGAAAGACACAAUUGUCUUAUCAGCAAUGAGAAACCCGCUGCUCCCCUCUCCAAAUGAGGCUGAAGCUGAGAAGAUAAUUAAAGAGUGGCUUCGCCUUUCCAGUGACAGGCUCAGAAAAAGGCAGCGAUAGUUUUUACAUUUAUUUUAUGUUUUAUAUAUAUAUAAUAGUUUAUGUAUAUAUAAAUACUUGUAAAUAUGUUCUGUUUUUUUUAAAGUUAAGGCUAAGUUAGUAGUAUGUAAGUUAUUAUAUAUUUAUAUGUGUAUGUUAAAAUAAGAAACAUUUAAUAUCAAAUGUUUUACAUAAUUUUGCAAUUUUUUAAAAUGUUUAAUU